AUCAGUUCUAAAUAUUUUUCCUUAAUUAUUUUCAAUUGAUUCUAUUUUAAUCCUAACGCUGUAUUAUUUAAAUAAACAAACAACUACCAAUUUGUCUCCAUUUAAAGCAUAAUAGUCAAGUGAAAAAUAAAAACGCUUUACUGGAAUAUGUAUACUUUCAGGAGAAUUUUUUGCAUUCUGCAAAGUAUCUGGAUUAUAGUUUUUAUUGGUUAUAUUCAGGGUGUACCUCCACUUUGUAAAGUGAAUUCAGAGUUCAAGUGCAACAGUACAGAGCUGCAGUGUCCUGAUACCAAACCCGAAAAACCAGGAGGAUGUAAAUGUUAUUGUUUGCCUGGCUAUUGGAGAGACAACUGUGGAAACUGCGUGAAAGAAUGUCCAUGUCCACCAGGAAAAGAGUGGAGGGAAGGCAGUAUUUGCGGCGACCUGUGUAAUUACAGGUUUAUUUGUAUCCAGUUAGCAGUUUGGGGUUGUUUUUGCCCAGGAAAUCAAUGUUGGAAUGGAACAACAUGCAUCAGAAGAAAUAUUACUACUUCAUAGAUAAAUAAGUACUUUUAAAGUACUCUUAUUACAUUUAUAAAUAUAUGUACAUAUACCUAUUAAUACAUUCUCGCAGUGUUUCUCUAAUCAUUAAAAAAUAUAGUAUAUAAUAUCAUAACUA